AUGGAGGAAUCACUAUCUCUCGAAGAAACCAACAAGCUCCGAAUAUCUCUCGGUCUCAAGCCCUUAAAGGUUGAUACCGAGUCUAAACCCUCUGGUGGCGCCACAGGCGAGAAAACCUAUGACAACUCGGUUGAAGGUCAUGAACGACGGGCUGUCGACAACUGGAAGCAGCACGAAACUGAGAUCCAAAAAGAGGCCACACGGAAAGCUAAACUUGAUGGCAUUAAGAAAGCGCGUGAUGUUGCAAAAAGGUUCGCGCAGCUUGAGGGCAAAGGGUUAGGGGAAGAAGAGGAGAACGAGGAAGAUACAACGACGUGGGUUAAAAAAAUGAAGAGGCGACAGAAGAAAUUAGCAGAAAAGAUGGCCAAGGAUAAGGAAGAAGAGGAAGAAAGAGCUCUCAGAGAGCAUAAAGAGUAUACUGCAGAUCAAUUGGCGGGUGUUAGAGUUGGCCAUGAUCUAGAUGAGUUACAUGAAGGCGAAGAAGGCACAAUCUUGACGCUUAAAGAUACCACCAUAGAAGAAAAUGAAGAGGACGGCGACGAACUUAUAUCCACCGACUUGACCGAGAGGGAAAGGCUCAACGAAAGAAUGGAACUGAAGAAAAAGAAGCCAGUUUACAACGCCUAUGAUGAUGACGAACAUGGAGAAAGAAGUAUUUUGGCACAAUACGAUGAAGAAAUUGAUGGGAAAAAGAAAAAGAGGUUUGUACUCGAUGGUUCUGGCAAUUCCGCAGACAUCAAUGCUCAUCGGGAAGAAGUGAUCGAGAAACUCAAGGCAAAACCUAUCAAAAUUACUUUAGAUCUUCCAAGUCAGUACCCCCAGUCCUGUUAUUGCGAUUCCCGCGGUUACUGGUGCACUACUGAUAGAAAGUCUACAAUCGCAGAACCCGAAGUCGUCUCUGAUUACGCCAUGAACACAAGUAUCCGGAAAUCUAAGAAAAAGAAAUCAAAGUCGACUCGGAAGAAGUCCGAAGACGAUGAUAGUCUUGCGCCACCUCCUGAGAAUACACAAGAGGUGCCCGAUAACAACUCUAUGGAGGUUGAUUUAGCCCCUGCGAGUGCACCCAAGCCAAAACGAACCUAUAAAGAGACAUCAUUUGUUGAUGACGAGGACCUUCAGGAUUCUCUUGCGACCCAGCGUCGAGCUGCUUUAAAGAAACGUAAAAUACUGAAGCCCGACGCUUUUGCUCGUAAAUUGCUUGAAGAUGCAGCAGCAGUGGCAGAAGAGGUCCUGGAUGAAGCAGAGAAUGCAAUGGUAGAUGACGAGGAAGGACCUGGACUCAUCAUUGAUGAAACAACUGAGUUCGUGGCGAAUUUAAGAGCGGCUGUCAUCCCAGAACGCAAAAAUAUCAAAGUUGAAGCUUCUAGGAUCACAUCUAUGGCCGACGAUUGGGUUGAACCUCUUGAUGGUGACAUCGAGGACAUGGAAGUUGAUAGUGUUGACGAAGUUGACGGGAAAGUCGGCCAUAAAUCUAACAACACCGCUCCCGGACCUCCGGACGGAGCCCCGGAAUUCUCUAGCACAGGUCUUGAAGAGGAAAUGACUAUGUCCAGAGGUGUCGGUGCCACACUCGCCAUGCUUAACCAGCGUGGUCUUCUUAAGCGAGACGAAGAAGCAGAGAAUAAAGUUCAACUACUUCGCGAUCGUCAGAAUUUCAAUGUUCAGAAGCGACUCCGCGAGGUUGAAGCAGAAGAAAAGGCAAAGUCGCAAAGAUUGCGUGAUAGGCAGAGCGGGAAGUUCGAUCGCAUGUCUGCGAGAGAGAGGGAAGAGCAUGCUCGAUGGGAGAACAAACAAAGAGACCUUCAGGAAGCAAGGGACUUGCAGACAAGGUUCAAAGAGUAUAGACCAGACGUCAAUCUACAAUAUAAAGAUGAAUUUGGCAGAGAUAUGACACCAAAAGAGGCAUUUAAACACCUCUCUCAUCAGUUCCACGGAAAGGGCUCCGGAAAGGCAAAAACCGAAAAAAGGCUCAAAAAGAUAGAAGACGAGAAAAAGAGAGAGGCCACAUCAAGUCUUAACACCAAUUCGGCGAGUGCCGUACAGGCCGCCGCAAAGAAGGGGAAGCAAGCAGGAGUGAGAUUGAUGUAG